UUAACCUUGCGUUGUUUUGUUCCUCGUUCGCUCCUCGCCUGACGCACCAUCCUCACUAGCACUGUCCGAGUCUGUCUCGCACUUUAUUUGACUCAGAGACACCUCUAUAUACUCCUUGGACUGGGUGCAACCUACGAGGGCUUGCAUGAACCAUUGCCGGCCCGUUCUGUCGGCCCUCGGAAAUCAUUCUCGAGCCACACUGUGACUGCUCCCAUGUCGGAACCAAUCUUGGAACGUCGGAUUGCCCUAGAUCUCACAUACGUUCUCUAUCCUGAGUCUUCGCAGACGUCACUUGUUCUCGCUCUGCUUACUCUGAGUCCUAUUCUAAUCAACCCAGCUUAUGCCGUUCUUUCAGUACAAACGCGCGAGCUGUUCUUCAUUGAGAUGUGGGCAGGACAAAUGCUAUGUGAAGCCCUGAAUUGGGUGAUCAAGCAUGCCAUCCAGGAGGAUCGUCCAACUCGAGAGCUGGGCGAUGGUUUCGGCUUCCCGUCGUCACACAGCCAAUGGAUGGGUUACUUUUCGACCUUUCUCAUCUGGCACCUAACGUAUCGCCAUCGCUUCGCAUCUUCAGGAUGGCGUUUCCUUGAUUUGUCCUGGCGAAUAGCAGUUUAUAUGGGUCUCGUGGGAUGGGCCCUUGCUGUCACAUACUCGCGGUAUUAUCUGUCGUACCACACCCCUCGUCAGGUCAUAUGGGGCCUGUCCAUAGGCGUCCUUUUCGGCACAUGGUACUACGCAGUGGUCGAGGUUCUGCCAACUAUGUGGCCAAGGUCGUCACUCGGUCGUGCACGCGCUGCCGUGCUCGAAAACCCAGUGAGCACCUGGUUCAGGAUCCGAGACGGCUGGGCGGUCUGGAGCGAUGGGGGAAAGGAAAUCGAGUGGCUCCGCUGGAGAGCUGAAUGGUCUAGGUCUGCCGGUAUGAAUAGUGGGGGUCUCAAGAGGGAAUAGAGUGCCGCGUGGUGGCCUGGUGCACAAAUCUAGGGUUGAUCAUACGUUUCAGAGCUGUGACAAUCCAAACCACCCGGAUAUCGGUCCUGAGCAAUUGUGCUGAAUAGAUUCUUUCGAGAGAAGAGUGUCCCAUACCUCGUUCCUUGUGGUACCGUGUCGGUACCAUAUCUACGAUGGCCUUGGACGUAUGCUGACCACUGCAUGACGCCU